UUCUACUUUCUCAAGACCACAACGAGCUGCUUUGUGUCUCGAUGUGCCGAUGUGUUUUUUUUAAAGCGGAUAUUGAUUAAUUUCACACAAUGUACAGAAAACUGCUAUUUAUGAUGGUAUUGUGCAAUGCAACCGGGUUUAACGUUCAGAUAUCUCCACUGAAACAUUUUACCAAUGAGGAUCCACUCUUUGGCCAAACCAUCAUUCAGUCAAAAGAUGGGAUUUUUGUUCCCUCCCCGAUAUAUGGAGGCCUUUUUGAGUGUACUCUAGACAAUGAAUGCUCCAAAGUAAACAUUAGCGAUGAGAACCCAAAAGGCAUGAGACAAGUAGCAUCAGUGGCUAGCCUGACAUCACAAGACCAACAUGUUGUGAUGUGUAAUCAAGUUAGAACAAAGAUCAGAGGAACUGAGUAUUUGAAUGGAAAUUGCACACUUAUGAGUCCUUCUGGAAAAGUCAAGCUAUCUCCUGCUGAAUUAGACAACAACAUGGACAACAACAACAACAACAACAACAACAACAAAUACAGAGGUGGAAGGAUCGAUCAAGUUAAAUGGAGGAAGAGAAGAGAAGCGCAACCGAAUCUUGGCGCAUUAGAGGAGGAGGAGGAAGAGGAAGAAGAUCCUGGGACAGAGAUUGCUUUCGUUCUAGAUGGUUCUGGCAGCAUUCAGUAUGAUGACUUUGAGAAAGCGAAAGACUUCAUCCACACCACCAUGUCCAAUGUUUGGAAAACAUGUUUUGAUUGUAAUUUUGCAAUAGUGCAAUAUGGUAGCUCGAUCAGGACUGAACUCUCGCUUCUAGACAAUGAGGAUGGUGCCAGAUCCCUGCAAAAGGUCAAACAAAUAAAGCAAAUUUACAAUCUCACAAAGACGGCCUCUGCCAUCAAUCACGUCCUCACAGAUAUCUUCAUCCCUGAGAAUGGAUCAAAAAAUAACUCUGAAAAAAUAAUAAUCGUCUUGUCUGAUGGAAAGAUUCUGGGAGACCCUAUGACUCUUGAUGAAGUUUUGAACAAGACCCAAAUGAAAGGUGUCACUCGCUACUCCAUAGGGGUUGGCGAUGGCAUCCUGAAAAACAAGGAUGCAAUCAAAGAGAUGACGCAAAUAGCAGAUCCUGGAAAGUAUUAUAGUGUUUCCAGUUAUGGCGCAUUAAAUGAUAUUCUGUCCUCACUGGAAAGAGGGAUAAUUGGAACUGAAGGCACUCAGCAUGGAUUUAAAUUACAGCUCGCUGAAGCUGGAUUCAGCUCCCAUCUCUUAUACAACGAGCAGAAGGUUGAAGCACUAUUUGGAGCUGUUGGAGCUUAUGACUGGAGUGGUGGGGUCUUUUUGAAAUCCGGCAACACGGUUAAAUUCUUGAAUGAUUCUCACAAUGAAACCAAAUUUGGAUAUUUAGGUUACAGUGUCACUUCAGCUCAUUUGCCCUCUAAGACUCUCUACAUUUCUGGUGCACCACGGUAUAAUUUGACUGGUGCAGUAUUCAUAUUUGAUGGCUUAGAAAAGUAUGUGCUUCACGGAGAUCAGGUUGGAUCUUACUUUGGAUCGGUUCUUUGUGCCUUGGAUAUUAAUAAGGAUGAACACACAGAUCAUCUAUUAGUUGGAGCUCCACAUUUCCAUCUGAAUGGGGAAGAAGGCAAAGUGCUAGUGUACAAACUGAAUCAAGAGGACAGGUUUGAACGUGCGCCCGUGGAGCUGCGGGGUGAUGCAGGACAGACCUUUGCCAGGUUUGGUGCAGCCAUUGGCUCUAUUGGAGACAUUGAUAACAACAAGUUUAAUGAUGUAGCAGUAGGUGCUCCUCUGGAAACAGGCUCAGCUGGAAGCGUUUACAUCUACAGUGGUUUCGAAGAAGGUCUUCGCUUUUCACAAAAAAUCUCACCAUCAGAUUUUGGAAUGAAACUUGUGUACUUUGGUCAGUCAGUAAGUGUGGGACCUGCACCGGCAUCAGAUAUUCCCUGCAUCGCUGUUGGAAGUCUAGGGAGAGUGUCUGUUUUUGAAACUAUCCCAGUCUUGAUUAUCGAACCAACUAUCAAAAUUGAUACAGAAGUCAUUGCUCUCACUCACCAGAUGAAUAAAAUAUCCAGCGAGUUAAGCAUGAAGAUUACUGUUUGCUUUAACAUAAAAAAAGGAAAGCUUAAGGCUGAAAAAUCUGAAACACAGGCUGUUGACUAUGAAAUUGACUUGGAUUCUGGUGCAAGCAAAAAGCGCCUCACUUGCGGCGCAGACAGCCUAAUAAAAGACACUUUUACUCUGACACCAGAUGAAGAGUGCACUAAUAAGAAGCUAACAUAUUUGGGCUGCUUUGAUUGUUUUUCACCUAUUAAAAUCAAGCUGAGUUUUUCAUUGGCAUCCAACAAAAAUGAAGCACCUAUUCGCAUUCUUGAUGCAUUUACUCCAACAGAGGUUGUAAAAGAGAUUCCAUUUGAAAAGGACUGCCAGGCUGCAGAUUGUAAACCUAGCAUUACAUUAUCUGAUUCAAAAAUAAGUGAAACCACUAUCACAAUGGGAGAAACGCAAAACCUGAAUAUCAAUUUCAAUUUCACCAACACUGGAGACCCUUCCUACAAGACCACCCUGACGUUGACGUACCCCAGCAUACUCAGUGAGAGGAAAAUUGAAGGAGCCGCCUGUCCUGUGAAGAAUGACAAUCAGAUUCAGUGUCAUCUUCAACACCCGGUUUUCACAAGAUCUGCACAGACCAAUCUCUUCAUCUCCUGGCAACUUAAUGACAAAUCUGAUCUCAAGAAGUCUGAGAUUAUAGCAAAUCUUACCAGUCAGAAUAAUGGCAUUCAGCUUCUGGACUCUAGAAUAUAUACGUUUAAUGUGAUGUAUUUCCUACCAAUUCUUAUACGUGGCUCAGCCGAACCUAACAUACUCCGUAUUGAAGAAGGGGGAAAAGGAAAAACUCAGCCAAUCAAGUUUAAAAUUCAAUUUCAAGGUGAAAAUAAGUAUGGCGCUACAAUUGAUGUAAUUAUAACUAUCAAAAUGGAUACCUCUAAAACUGAUCUACACAUCACCAAAAUCCAACCAGAGGUGUGUGUUCUUGAAGCUAACAAGGUGAAGGAGGCAUCCUAUAUCUACAAAUGUACCCUGAAAGAGCUGCAAAUAAUCACCAUUGAAGCCAAUGUUUUCAUACAUGAUGUUCAGGACACAUCAGAAAAGAUCAUUGUUGAAGGUCAAUACAGCUAUGAUGAGACCCUCUAUUCUGCAAAGGAUACUAUAAAAAGCUUUACUUUGGAGGUGCCGGUUACCAAGAUGCAAGUGAUGACAUCGAAAGGCCCCAUCAUUGGAGGAUCCAUAGGUGGAUUUCUGUUCCUUUUGAUCUUCAUCAUCAUCCUCAUCAAGUGUGGAUUUUUUCGCCGCCGCCAUAAAGUGGAUCAAACACAGAAUCAAGACUGAAGAUCUUCAAAGAGAAACCAUGUGCACUGAUUUAUCUUGCUUAAGUUUGUGUCAUUAUUGUUUUUGAGUUAAAGUUAAAUCUGGUACAUAUUGUUGUUGUUUUUUUAGUGUUGCAUUAAGAAAGGUUUUUAUUGAGUAAUUGUGUUUAAUAUUGCAUGUCCAGACAAAUUUUUAAGAAAAUGACUGUAUUUAAGUCAAUUUAAAUCCUUAAUAUCCCUUGAUGAGGGGAUAUUCCUGGAUGUGCAUGCAGAAAUUAAGCUCAGAUUUAUUGAUGCUCCAAAAUUCACAAACUAAAGUCAAAGAAAUUUUAAGUGAAUCAUCAGCAUCAACAUAUUGGUUGCAGGAAAAAAGUUUUGGUGGUCAGUUUUUCCUGAUUUCCCAACACCCGGUCAGUGUGGUAUUUGACUGACUGGUUGACAGACAUUUCAAGCUGAAAUGUGUUUAAACGUCUUCUUACAACCAAUACAUACCAUGCAACCAACCUGUUCAUGCUGAAAGACCAGAAAAGAAACCAUACUCUAUUAAAACUACAAAUAAAGUGAUUAAACUGGUCAACCACCUCCUCUCGAUGUUUAGACAUUAACUGUCACACAUAUCUGGUCAUGUGAAAUGAACUUAUUUAGAGUUCUCACGUGUCUAGCUAUGUUUAGAAUUGCAUCUGACCAACGGGUUAGAAAGGAAUAGUUAAGUUUGACGUUAGUUUACUCAUCAUCAGACCAUCUAAGAUGAAGGUGACGUUGUGUGUUCUGCAGACGUUGUGAUUAGUUGGUAAUUUGUAAAAUGUAAGCCGAUGGCUACUGGCACUUUGAGAGUCAAAACAACAUAUACAGUUAACACAAAAUUAAUACUUGCAGCUCAUGACGAUGCAUUUAUGUCUUCUGAAGCUAAAAGUUUUGCUUUAUUAAAUCAUUAUUAGCUUUAUCCCACAUCUUUAACAAACAAUUAUCGUGAAAACAGAUCUGUUUGUAAGUAAAAUAUGCAGAAAGAAAAAAAACACUAAUAUUUAUAUUAUGUGUAAUUAUGUAACAGGCGGCAUGAUGGCUCAGUGGUGAUGGUUCAAGCCCCAGCUGGGUCAGUUGGCAUUUCUGUGUGGAGUUUAUAUUUUCUUCCCAUGUUCACGUGGGUUUCCUCUGGGUGCUCUGGUUUCUCCCACAGUCUAAAGACAUGCGGUAUUUGUGAAUUGAUAAACUAAGUUGGCCUUAGUGUAUGAGUGUGAAUGAGUGUGUUUCCUAAUACUGGGUUGCAGCUGCAAGGCAUUCUGCAUUAAACACAUACAGUAUGCUAGUUGGUGGUUCAUUCCGCUGUGGUGACCUCUGAAAUAGGGACUAAGCUGAAGGAAAAUGAAUGAAUGAAUGAAUAAUUAUGUAACAGCACUAAGAUAUUUGAGACCUUGCCUGAUUGUGUUUCAGUCAAUGAGCUGAUGCUAUUUGUUUACAAUGGACAGAAAGGUAAUAUAUUGUUUUUCAAAAUUGUAGGCCUACUUGUAGAUUUUAUGAGUGUGUACAAUCUCAGUUGACUGCUAAUAGAUCUGACUGGCAUGAUCAAUGUCUUUAUGAGACAAAAAGCUUGCAAUAUCCUGAUUCGGGCCUGUAGCCAUACCCACCCCUCACUGACAAAGGUCCAGAAUUUGUCCCAUACAUGAGCUAAUUCGUCCUAUUUUGACUGUAUAUGCCAUCAUAAAUAGUGAAAAUAACCCAUUGAAAAAGAUUUUAAGACCAAGCGGAAUCCGCUGUUGGCUGUCGCUUUGGGCUGACUUCAGAUAAUUAGUUUUGGCUAAUGCACACAAGUUCAGAGGUCAGCAUCCAGCUGUGCAAGAAAACAUACAAUCUGACAUAAGUGAAGUCAUCUUUCGCUACUGUUUUGUUUUAAAUAGAGAAGAUACUUUACAAGUAACUUUUAUUCUAAAUCAAAACCUUAUUUUUGAAUCAAACAAUGACCAAUAAAAAGGCGUGAAGCAACAAAAGCGACCAAUAUUAAAAUGAAUGUGAAAUAUUUAGCAAAUUGUUGUUAUCUAUGAAUUUCCAAAUGUACUUUUUUUGGUAAUGUUACCCAUUCAACAAUCUAUUUUAGCUUAAAUAGUGCUUAAAAUGUUACUAAAUUGCAAUAUUUAAAUCUCUUAAUUAAAUAGUAGCCUAAAUGAUGCCUAUAACCGCAAAAAGAUGCACUUUUGAAGAAAAAACCCACCUGUUUUUACCAGUCUGGCUUUUAAAGUUAUCGUUCAAAAUGAUUUCAUUCAAAAUUAUAAUGUUGUAAGUAAAUAAUGUUCAGGGAUGGCAAUAUUUCAAAUCAUAAAACUUUGUUAGUUUAUUUGUUUGCUUUUUGACUCUCAAAAUGUCAGUGUCCAAAGGUUACAGGUCACUGUAAAUGUCAUCUUUUACAUAGGCUACUCCUUAAGAAAAAAAGUUACGUGCUUUAUGAAUGAUCUGAGGGUGAGUAAUUAAAUUUAACAUGAAACCAAUGGUUACACGAGUAACUAAUCAAGAAGAACCAUUUUGGACAAUUCCUAUUGAAUGAGGCUAUGGACGUUUAUUUAAAGUACUGGUGUUUGUAUUAUGAUCUCAUUUUUGAUGUCACAGUGUUUUUAUGUCUAAGUUAUAAAAACUAUUUGUCUUGAAAUUAAAACAAACUGAACUGAAGAGAUGGGUGUAAAUAUGUUGGCUUUUGUGGUGAAUCAAUGCCUUUAUUCUGGCUGAAUUAUGAAAUGCUACUAAUAAAAUGUAAUUAAUAAUUGU